GAGUGGGGAUUGGAGUGCGCAUGCCCGAAUGCGAUCAGCUGUUUGGAACGUAGUCAGAGACCAUUUUUUACACGUCGGCGUCUGUCUCGAUCGAAAUGCUGCUCUCCCGUAAAGUUUUUGAGCCUUGGAUGAUGAACGAUUGCAUUAUAAAAUACAAUCUUUUGCCACGGUGAAUAUAUUUCGAAGUUAUCGAAUUCCUAAUGUGACACGUUCAACACCGGAAGUUUUUCUUUCGAUAGCACCACGUCAGAUUUUUGCAGUGCUAUAAUAGUGGUGGUGUGUGUAUGGUGGUGGUGGUAGUGAUGAUGAUUGUGUAUUCAUAAAAAAACAUGGAUGGUUCGGUCGGCGCACAUUUUAAUGCUGUCGAUAUUAUGAGAUUUCUCUGAAAAAGAAGAUGAAGUUUUGUGUGACGUUCGUAUAUUGGGCACUACUUUUUAUAUCGGUCGUGUCAAGUGGCCUGUUGUUCCUAAUUGUUGCAUCAGAAAAUGCGGAAGAAACGAUUGAGACAGAGGUCUCGAAGAAUGAUGAAAGUUUUUACGAGUUUAACAAUUCAACAAUUACCGAUGAAAGUGAAAAAUACGAGAUACCUGAGAUACAGAUUGCCCGAGUACAAAAAGCAGCAAUAGAGGAUGAAUAUUUGGAAGAUAGCCCAACCAAAGUGACUUCUAGUUUUGAUACCUUAAAUGCGUUGGAUGACCACGUGGAAAAUGAUGUGGAUGUUUUAGCUGAAAGUAUCAUACAACAGCCUAAUCUUUCUCAAGGAAUUUCGGAGACCGGUCAAGCAGUGGUUUUGACAUUGGUGGACACAGCAGCUGCAGAAUUGCAGAGCCUUGCUGAACCUAAAAUCGAAUUGGAUUCUCAUUCAUCUGUGAAAAAUUCGAGUACUAAAGGUGGUAGGAGAUACUCUGAGGAUGUCCAUGAUGCUAAAACAUCGUCCAAUCAAUUACCGAGUUCUCCGAUUAUUAAGGAAGAAAGUAUUGAGGAGGAUAACGACACAAAUAAUGUGUUGUUGAACGAGGAUGAAGUUUUAGGAUUGCAUGGAACGACUAAUGGAAAAAUUCAUGAGAAAACACCUGACAUUGUGGUUGUGGUCAGAGCUGAACAACAGAAGAUUGCAGUUGAUGGUGUGGAUGUUACUAGAACGGAAGUUAGAUCAGAGGAGGAGGAGGAAGGUGUCGAACAGGUGUUACAGGAUGAAUUGGGGAAAGUUGAGGAAGAAGAUUUUGGUACGGCAUCCGAGUUGAACGAUACUGCAGCUAGGGUUAGGUUGAUAAGUGGAGGUAACAGGGAUGAUGUGGCUUCUGCUGUUAUAAUCGAUGGUCUUGUUGCUUCUGGACCAUCCGAUUCGCACGAGGAUAUACCAUCGUUCAGCGAAUGGGCACAGAAACGAUUGGAGGAGGCAGAAAAGAAAAAGACACAUCCAAACGCCUCGGUGCAAAAUCCAGGUGGUCCAGGUCGAAGUAUGGGCGGUAUGAAAGUACGUUCGAAGAAUUAUGCUUCUCCCGAUUGCGGUGCCAAGAUCGUUGCCGUUAAUCCAGAAGCUCAACACGCUAAAAGUGUAUUGGCUGCUACCAGAGAUGAAUACAUGUUGAAUACUUGUACAUCACGGGUCUGGUUUGUGGUUGAACUCUGUGAAGCCAUUCAAGCUAAGAAAAUUGAGUUGGCCAAUUUCGAAUUGUUCAGUUCAUCGCCAAAGGAAUUUUCCGUUUACGUGAGCGAUCGUUUUCCAACACGAGAUUGGAGCCCGGUUGGUCAUUUUACUGCAAAGGAUGAAAGAGAUAUUCAAAGCUUUGCAUUGCAUCCUCAACUCUUUGGGCAAUUCAUUAAAGUGGAACUUCAAUCGCACUACGGUUCUGAACAUUUCUGUCCUAUUUCUCUGUUUCGUGCUUACGGUACCAGCGAAUUUGAGGUAUUAGAAACGGAAACAGAGAAUCAAUUGUCAAGGGAACCGACAGAAGAUGAUGAAGACAAUGAUGAGGAAGAGAUUCUCGAUGCUGAUGGUGUACCAUCGAAUCUUUUUGGCAGUGCUAGGGAUGCCGUUCUCAGUAUAGUUAAAAAAGCUGCUGAAGUAUUGGUUAAAUCUAGCGAUUUGAUCGAUAACAAUAUAACGAAGAUACAACAGAACAUCGAUACUGGGACAAUAUUGAAAAAUUCUUACAACAGUUGCACCACACCCAGAUAUACUAUACUCUGUGCUAAAUGUUCCGAUCAAAAGUUUGCCAAAGUGUUUCAAUUGGUCGGUUGUAGGGAUCGACAAUUGGACGAUCUUUUAAAGAAUAAUCUGGUGAAUGAAACUCUCAGAGAAAGUGGAUUAUGUGCCGAUCAUGGCGUAGAUUUUUCAACGAUCGAUCAAAUGAAGAAAGAACAUUUAAGUGAAUCCAAAAGUAAUGCGAAAAAUCUUCAAGCAACUUUUUUCUCUUCCGUCUUCAAUCCCGAAUACAUAGUUGCACUCUGCAACGUAUUGGCAACUAAAGAACGUAAAGUUGUGAUGAACACCAGUUACGAGAUACCUGGUAGCGAAUCGGAAAACAUCACGCAAAAAGAUCCUACGUUGAAAAUAGAAUCCACUGAUAAGACCAGUGAUCUUCCUGUCGUAUCCUCUUCAUCACAAAUUAUUACUCCAUCGAUAACAUCUUCUUCGAAGGAUUCCAGACAACGUCAAGAAUCCUCGAGCGAAGAAUUGGAGACCACGAGUACGACGUUGACUGGAAGCUUAACCAAUGGCGAAAAUUUAGCUUCCCAAAUAAAACCAAUGAAAACUUUAAGCAAAGAAGACUUGGGUGAAAAGGAACCGUCCUUGUCUAGUUCAGAAAUUAGAAAAGAAAUGGUGGAGGAAACUUUGCAAGGUGAAAUGGUUACAACUGCACCGCUUGUUACAACUUCACCAACGCCCACAUUGAAAAUUAUCGAAGAUUCAUCGGUCUAUAGAGCUACCGAAACGAUUACUCAAACUGCACCCAGUGUUCCAAUGUCCAAUUAUGCUGGCCAAGAAAUCAAUAGUAAUCUUCCUUCGUCUAUUAUUGAAUCCGGUGAAUCUGUUAUUCAAAGUAAAACUGAAAAGACUGAAAGAGCUGAAAACGUUGGGACGAAAAAAUUGGAACAAGUUGAAAUUGAUAGCAAAGGAAAAGGGGAAUCUGGUGAACAAGAAGGAAAAUUGUCUUCUCAAGAUCAUCUUAAUUUCGACUCGUUACUUUCGGAUUUGAAAGAUUUAGAAAACGAUGCAAUUAAUUUACAUAAUGGACCAGUUAUGGCAUCUAACACGCAACCAACUGCGAGUACAACGCCGCAACAAAAGGAGUCCGUUUUCCUCAGGUUAUCCAACAGAAUUAAGGCACUUGAAAGGAACAUGUCUCUGAGUGGUCAAUACUUAGAAGAAUUGAGCCGACGUUACAAGAAACAGGUUGAAGAAAUGCAACGUUCAUUGGAACGUGCUGUAACGGCAAUGAGCGAGGAAUCAAGAAAAUCUGAUGAACGUGAUUCAAAGAGACUCGAGGAAAUUGCCAUGUUACGAGAAGAAAUAGUAAUGCUUUCAAAUUUGGUGGAAAAUAUUGUACACGAUCAAAACAGUUGGCACGGAAGGUUCUCUGCUAUCGGUCAACACGCUCUUUUCAUUUGUUUAGAAGUAUUUGUAAUUAUUAUUGUUCUUUCUUAUUGUCGAAGAGCCAAUGAUUACGAGGAAGAAGAUGAAGAACAGUCAUUGUCUAAGAAAAAUACUGCUAGACGUAGACAAAGUGUUGAACAUUUGUCAAGUUUAUCGACUCUUAACAAAAGGAUCAAAAAACGACGACCCAGCGAGAUUGCAUCGAAUAUAUCAUCAACUUAUUGCAAUCUCAUGAUCGAAGAUCACUGCCACGAAACCAAAAAGGAACGUAAAAAGAAACGUAAAAAGGAAGCUAAUGCUGCUGCUGCUGCUGCUGCUGCUGCUAAGUUGAUUACUGAUAUUAAAGAGAAAAAACAAACGAUUAAAUAUAAAAGUACUUCGAGUCUUGUACCAUCAACAACUAAUAAUACAUUAAUUCCAACGAAGAGAGCAUCUUCGUCAAGUGAUCCACCAAAAAUUGAAGAUAUACAACAACAUGGUGGUCAGCAGCAACAUAGUCAAACCAAAGACUCCUCGCUUGAAUACACAGAUAUUGCGAGCAAGUUUAAUAAUGAAGACAAAGUCAUUAGUAAUACUAAAGUAUUGGAAACAACAACAACAACAACACGUGAAAGAAAUGUUGAAUUUGGUCGUAUGGAAGGUGGUGGUGGUGGUGGUGGUGGGAGUGGGAGUGGGAGUAGUAGUAGUAAUAAUAGUGGUGGUGCAGCAGAUUAUAUCGAAACGCGUUUGUUUUCAAUUAAUCCUGAUAGAUUAUCUAUCAUACCGGUUUCUACCUCACAGACUACUGAUUUUUCCAAAAAUGGCUCUUCCAAGUACAGUGGGAUAUUAAAAGAAGGAAGAUUGAGUUCUCCGUCGUUCAUGAAGACAGCUUUAGGAGCUAGGAAAAAGAGAAGCUUCAUUAACAAUACUGGUCAAUCCCAAUCCCAACAACAACAACAACAACAACAGAGUAGUAAAGAAGACAAGUGGGAAACUAAUUCGGGUAAUUCGUCGAGCGAUAGAUCAUCGUCUCAUAAGGAAUCACCAGUCACGUCGAGAACUUUGUUGGUUAAUCUUGGUAACGUAAACGGUAGUGCUGCCAAUGGUUUAUUGGAUGAAAGUGAUGAAUCAAGAAGUAACAGCGUUACACCAACUUCAUGGAAAAAAGAGAAGAAAAGUAGCGGUCUUAAGAAGAUGGUGAGAAAGAUUUUUUGAUUGAAGUAGUAGACUUUUUCAAAAUGUGUGCGUGUAUUAUGUAUGUGUGUUGUAUGUGAUAAUACCACGGAUGAUUAAUCGGUCAUUGGAUAGACAAAAAUAAUAAUUCAUUAUCGAAAUGUAUUAAUUCGUCUUUAUCUUAUAAACAAGAAAUUCAAAUUCUAUUUUAUUCUAUUUUUUUUUAAUAAUAAAGUUAAAUUACAGUAUGGUUUGAACAAGUGGGGGGGUCCUGUGGACUCUAAUCGUCGCUGUUUAUUUCUUUUUUUUUUAUAUAUAUAUAUAAAAUAUUUCAACUACGAAUGUUAAUACAGCGAUUAUUACGAAUAUAUUUUUCGUUUUUCUUGUUAACAUUUUUUCAGACUCGCCGAAAUACCUACCGAUACAAUCACAAAUAUUUGAUUUAAAGACGAAGAAAACGAUAAUGAAUAAAAUCAAAUACAUUAAUUUAAAUAUCUACAAAAAAAUAAGACAGAAGAAAUAUAUUCAUUAAUAAUUAAUAUAAAUACGUCGAAAAGCAUGUUGUUUUAUGAAUCUCAAAAAUGUGAGUAUUUCUUUGUUCUUGGUCGCAAGAUCUUGACAAUUCUUUUUUUUUUUGUUUUUUUUUUUUGUUUUUAAUGCAGUAACCGAAUUAGUAUUGUUAAAUAGAAAAUAGAGAGAAGGACUAUCGUUUUAUAUUUUACAUAAAAUAUUAGCAUUUGCAAUAAAACCUUUCUUAUGUUAUAUAUAUGUAUAUUGUAUACCCAAUGUCAAAAAUAUACAAUCCCUGGUUGUUUGUUUACUUGGCAAAUUUUCAAAUGGCACGCUAGAUCGUUAGAAAUAUAGUUCAAUUAUUAUUUUGUUUCAUUUUGUAAUUUUUCCUACAAAUCUUCGUAGAUGUAAUACGCACUCAAAAUCUCUCUCUCUCUCUCUCUCAUCCCUCACUCACUCUCAUUCUCUCUUUGUCCUUUGUUUCCUUGCUUCUAAAAAUUGUUAUAGUGUAAUUAAAUAAUAGAAUUACAAAUUGAGAGAUGAGAGGAGUAACACAUGUGAAAUGAAUAAAAUGAAUGAGUAUGUAUGAAACACCUUAAUUAAGUUUAAUGUUUUUGUAUAAUUCAAAGAUUCAAAUAUUGGGAUCUGUAGCACUUAAAUACCGCUAUCUGGUGGCUAAAUUCAACAUUAGAGUAGAUAGGUCGAAUUGCUACGAUGUCACGUGGGAUCUAUAGCACUUGAAUACCGCUAUCUGGUAGCUAAAUUCAACAUUAGAGUAGAUAGGUCGAAUUGCUACGCCACGUGGGACCUGUAGCACUUGAAUACGCUAUCUGGUGGCUCAAU